CUUUGAUCAGACAAUUCCGUCCUAAUCACCAUGAGCAACAAAAGAAAGCUUUCCCAAGACGAAGUAAAUCCUAAACGCGACGACGAUUCUUCCAACGAGGACUCGGACGAUUCUUUAAAAGAGAUCGUCGAUGUCGAUUUUGACUUUUUCAAUCCAGACGAGAUUGAUUAUCAUGCUCUCAAACGUUUAUUGGGCCAAUUAUUCUCAUCCGAUGCCGAACUGAUGGAAGUAGGCGAUAUUGUCGACAUUCUUUUGGAAGAAAACCACGUCGGUACCACCGUCAAGGUCGACGGACAAGAAUCCGAUCCCUAUGCCAUUCUCAGCGUGAUCAAUUUGCAACAACAAAAGGACAACAAAGGCAUUCAGUCGCUGUGUUCCUAUUUACUGAACAAGUGUCCCAAAAAGUAUCAGAAAUUACACACCACCGUGCGCGAUCUGUUGUCUCCGGAUGCUGAGAAAUCCGUAGGAUGGGUGGUCUCGGAGCGAUUCAUCAAUAUGCCGGUGGAGAUCAUGGUUCCCAUGUAUACCAUGUUGCGCCAGGAAAUUGCACAAGCUGUCGAGAACAAGGAGCCGUAUCAGUUUGAGUGGUUCAUGUUCAUUUCCAAGGUAUACAAAGAAGUUGCGCCGACUGCGGACGAGGACGACAAUGAUGAAGAGGAGGCACCCGCACCGGCCCAGAAAAAGGCACGAAAGGGCAAAAAGGCGGCUAAAGCAACUUCUACCGCGGCCGAAACCUUUUACUUCCAGGCAGAAGAUGAGAUCGUCGCCAAGUAUGCGGAAUACCAGUUUGAUUAUCGAUUCACCAACAGCGAUAAAGAAGCGGCCUCGGAUUCCAAACGCGCCUUUUCGGAUUUCGGCAUCGCCCCGUCUCGCCGCCUUUUCUUUGUUCAUCAAUCCAAAUUUGCGGAUCUCGUCAAUGAGAUAGAUACUACUUGCUCCACCGUCAACAACCCCACUGCUUCCAAAUAGAGAACCCUGCAUGAUGUCUACCAUCCCACCUUUUUUUUCCUUUGUAUAGAUAUAAAGACAAAACAUUUUUUUUUUUAAAGAAACAAGAGCCAAAACGUCCAAGC